AUGUCGGCUGUUGUGAAUAAAGCUUGGAUGAAUGAACCAGACAUAUUUAGCAAAACAUAUAGAGAUGGGGUUAAAUUUUUUAUGAAUUAUGCAGCUACAUAUGAUAAUUCGGACACAACAUGUUCUUGCCCAUGCUCUAAGUGUCAAAAUGGGAAACGUUGGGAAAUGUGGGAAGUGAGGAAACAUCUUUCUGAGAAGGGUAUUGAUAGGAGUUAUGUUGUUUGGUUCUUUCAUGGAGAAAAAGAGGGUGAUAGUACGAUAAGACGUCCAAGUGGUAAUUUUAUACCAACUGAAAUGAAUGAUGAGCAAGCUAGAGAAGGUGUAAUAGAAGAUUUGGGUUCCUUUGUCGAUGCUGCUUAUGGAGAUUUUGAUCGGGGUGAUGGUGUUAGUUGUAAUGAAGAAGUUGAAACUGAAGAAUUUGUUCCUGAACCAGAUUUGGGGAAGCGAUAUUACAGGUACAAACAGUUGUCUGAAGACAAGUUGUAUCCUGGUUGUAAUACUAGCAUCCUAGCUGCAAUUGUGGAGCUGCACAAUGUGAAGAAAACAUAUAAGAUUUCAGCUAACUGUGUAAAUAGUUUGUUGGGUGUGAUAAAGGGUUGGUUGCCGAAAGGAAACAAUUUGCCAGUAAAAUACACAGCGAUGAAGUCGAUGCUCAAAGAUCCGGGGAUGAAAGAAAAGUCGAUUCAUAUGUGUGAGAAUCAUUGUAUUUUGUAUUACAAAGAGAAUGAAGAUUUGACAAGCUGCCCGGAAUGCCUCGCACCAAGAUAUAAGGUUAAGGUUGAUAAAUUUGGGGAAGAGCUUUCAUCGAACGAGCCUUCCAAGGUAUUGAGAUAUUUUCCCCUUGGGCCAAGGCUCAAGAGAUUAUAUACGGUACCUUGGAUAGCACGUGCAAUGACAUGGCACGAUCGAGCAGAAGUUUCUUCAGAUUAUAUGCGUCAUCCGGUUGAUUCAUCUCAAUGGGAUUUAGUGAAGAAGAAGUUUCCUGAGUUCGCAAAUGAGGGCAGAAAUGUUUGGCUUGGAAUUGCAACUGAUGGAUUUAAUCCUCAUGGUAUGCAGUCUCUGAAUUAUAGUUGUUGGCCUGUGAUAGUGGUUGUGUACAAUCUUCCUCCUUCCUUGUGCAUGAAACCUGAGUUCCAAAUCAUGAUGAUGUUGAUUCCUGGGCCUAAGGCACCGGGGCAAGAUAUUGAUGUAUGUCUCCGUGUGCUAGUAGACGAGCUGAAAGAUCUGUUUGAGAAUGGGAUAUCAGCUUUUGAUACACACAAAGAAGAAUCGUUUCAGCUGAGGGCUACUUUAAUGUUUGGUAUUCAUGACUUGCCAGCACAAGGUAAUAUGUCUGGAUGUACCACGCACGGCUAUUUUGCAUGUGUACAUUGUGCAGACAAGACUCGAAGUGCGUAUCUGUUAUACGCAAGAAAGAAUGUUUACCCUAAUUAUCGGAUAUACCUCAGGGGUAAUCAUCCUUUAAGGAAGGGAGAGAACUUGGGAUUAGAAACUAAUGAAACUAAAAAUGCUCCAAAGCGACUGUCAGGAAAGAAGUCGUUGGAGAAACUAGCAAAUGUGACUUACAAACCUGGUAAAUUGGUAGUAAGAAGCAAGGCGCUGAAAAGAAAGAGAUAUGAUCCCGAUGCCGAUGAUGAUCCUUAUGGCGAUGGUGUUGACGAAGAACUUACCGGUGCAUUCUAUAAGGAGUCCAUCUUUUGGGAACUGAAGACCUAUCGUAUCCUGUAUUUCCGUCAUUGUGUAGAUGUAAUGCACACUGAGAAGAAUGUAAUGGAGCAUAUACUUGAGACGAUCUUUGAUAUUGGUAAUAAGUCUAUGAAAUCGUGGAAUGCAAGGGAUGAAUUGAAUAAGCUUGGCUUGCAUUGUGGACAGUGGACUACCAGUAAACCUGGGAGCGCAGUUUCUGGAAAACCAAUAUUUGUCUUAAGCAAAGCUGAGAAGGAAUCAUUUUGCAAGAUUCUUAAAGACCUCAAAUUCCCUUUUGGUUUUGCGUCGAACCUGAGCAACAAUGUUAAUACAAAGAAUUCAAGUUUCAGUAACUUCAAAUCCCAUGAAUAUCACGUCAUUAUGGAGUAUUUGCUACCUGUUUGUCUUCAGCAUGCUUUUCCAAAGCACCCUGAACUGCGUCGCGCACUUCACCAGUGUUCACCUCAUGGUUCAUUUGGCUGA